AUGAAGUUCGUUCUUGUAUUGAUCGCCGCCAUUGCUAUGGUGAAUGCGGCCCACAAAUUGGGACGGCCGGUACCCUUGAACGCGGCUUCAUCCGGACCAGUUUCAGAUGUUGCAGACACGGCCUGCACUGUCGACUACGACUGCACAAUCCCUUGCUCCCAGGGCUGUCUGGGAACGGAUAUGGUUAUUUGUUACGCGGGACAAUGUUUUUGCUCGAUU